GGUCAACACCAUGGCCAAGACCCCCAGUGACUAUCUGUUACACUCCCUGGAGGAGCUGGUGCCCUAUGACUUUGAGAAGUUCAAGUUCAAGCUGCAAAACACCAGUAUGGAGAAGGAGCAUCCUCGGAUACCCCGAGGCCAGCUCCAGACAGCCAGACCAGUGAAGCUGGCCACUCUGCUGCUCACCCACUAUGGGGAGAAGUGUGCCGUGCAGCUGACACUGCAGGUCCUGAGGGCCAUCAACCAGAACCUCUUGGCAGAGGAGCUCCACAGGGCAAUUGGCCCAGAAUAUCCGAUACAAGAAAGUGGAACUGACUGUUCGGCAAUGUCUUGUUCAUCUGGUGAGAAUAAGCUCAAAAACCUGAGGAUACCAGAUGGCCUGGAAGGUGACAGGCAGCAGCAAGGUGGUGAUGGGGCAGCUAGCCAGCCAGAGGCCGGGAAGGGGCCCCAGAAGAAGCCUCAGGGCAAACGGAGAGACCAGAAGGGCUCAGAGGGCCUGGAUGUUCAGGGCAAGACAGGCACCAGGGGUAUGGUUCUGUCUUCCAGGAGAGGUCCACUCCCAGGCAAGCCGCAAAGGGAGAAGGGGAACAAUUCGAGUGUCAGGCUACGCAGAAAUGCCAGCUCUGCAGGAAGACUCCAAGGACUCUCCAGUGGGUCACUUUCUGGGUCUCCAGGGAGGAAAGAAUGCAAGAUAUCUGAAGCAUAUGUACCUUCAGAACAGAAUCGACCCAAAAGUCUUCAAUUUACUAUUUCUUCAGGAGAGAGAGAACUGCCCAAUCCAGAAACUCUUCUGCUUCAAGAUAAAAUGAGAAGUGAGAAUCCUGAUUCAGCAAUUACUGCCCACAAAGUGGCCACUCUGGAUGUAGGGGCUACUGUAGCUCUGGAGAAAGGCUCAGGAAAUCCAGAACAUUCUGUCCUAGGGAGACUGCAGAAUGAAGCUGUGUGUCCCGUCUGCCGUGCCCAGCAAGGAGACCCAGUUGGUGGCACUUGUGUGCACAAUUCCUGCAGCUGCUCCAUUGAUUCUAGGGAUCCUAAGACCCCGGGUGGUUGCUUGCCCAGCUGCCCCAGGUGCCAGGCCUCACUCCCAGUGAAGAGCUCUGGAGGCCUUGAGAAACAGGAGGGCCUACAGACGGCCAGCCUGAACCCCAAGCCCCUGCCGCAAUGUGCGCGUCACAUGAAGCAGGUACAGUUGCUCUUCUGCGAGGACCACAGGGAACCUAUCUGCCUCAUCUGCAGCCUGAGUCAGGAGCACCGAGGCCACCAGAUACGCCCCAUCGAGGAAGCUGCCCUGGAAUACAAGGAGCAAAUUCAGAAGCAGCUGAAGCAUCUGAAGCAGCUGAGAAAAUCUGGAGAGGAGCAGAGAUCACAGGGGGAAAAGAACACAGCAAACUACCUGAAACAAAUGGAAGCCCAGAAGCAGAGAGUCAAAUACCAGCUGGAGAAGCUGUCCCGGUUUCUGGAGCAGCAAGAGCAGCUCUUUGUGGUCUGGCUGGAGGAGCUGGGCCAGACCAUUGGCAAGGUCAGGGAGACAUAUGACACCCAAGUGUCCAGGGACAUUGCCCUUCUCAACAAGCUGAUUGAGGAACUGGAGGCCAAGCAGAGCCAGCCGGAAUGGGAGCUUAUUCAGGACAUCGGAGUCACCCUGCAAAGGGCCAAGACAGUGACUAUCCCUAAGCCAUGGACCACCCCAUUAGAGGUAAAAGAAAAGAUCCACCUGAUCCACCAGAAAUCGGAGUUUGUGGAGAAGAGCAUAAAGUAUUUUUCAGAAACCCUGCGUUUGGAAAUGGAAACCUUCAAUGUUCCAGAACUGAUUGGUGCUCAGGCACAUGCUGUUAAUGUGAUUCUGGAUGCAGAAACUGCCCACCCCAACCUCAUCAUCUCUGAUGACCUGAAGAGUGUUAGACUUGGAAACAAGUGGAACAAUAUGCCUAACAGUCCAGAAAGAUUUGAUAGCUGCAUCAUCGCCCUGGGCUCUCCAAGUUUCAUCUCUGGACGCCAUUACUGGGAAGUGGAGGUGGGAGACAAGACAGGGUGGGUCCUAGGCCUCUGCAAGACAUCCAUAAGCAGAAAGGGGAGCAUGACUCUAUCACCGGAGAAUGGCUACUGGGUGGUGAUGAAGAUGAAGCAACAUGAGUACCAGGUGUCCACCUUUCCCCCAACCCGCCUGCGGAUGAGGGAGCCCCCCAGGCAUGUGGGCAUCUUCCUGGACUACAUGGCUAGAUAUAUUUCCUUUUACAAUGUGACAGCCAAAUCUCACAUCUACACAUUCACCAUCUCUUUCUCUGGGCCACUUCAACCUAUCUUCAGCCCUGGGACUCAUGAUGGAGGGAAGAACAUGGAUCCUCUCACCAUCUGUCCAGUGGGUGGCCAGGUGCCUCACUGAAUGCCCUACACUCUUCAUCUCUCUUCAAACUCCCAGCUUGUAUCUUGAAUUCAUGCACUCAACAGUUAUUGUAUUUAUACUGGGUUCUGGGUGCUUUGGGAAACAACAAAUCAGAGAAUAGUCCAUGUACCCUAGGAGCUUAUGGAGUAGCAGUAGAAGUAAGCU